CUGGUCGGCUUUGUUUCCUGUUGCACUCGGCGUGGCCACAGGGCGCACUGGGAGCUGUAGUAGGGCAGAAACGCUCCGUCGCCCCUCGCCACCGUUGCCUUUGGGAAAUGUAGUUGUUGGCAGCCUGGUAGUGAUUGCAUCGCUGAGGCUCGGAAAGGCAAAAGUAUGCGACGCCUGGUGGAGUUUUUGGGUCGGAGUCCAGGGUGCAGGCGGCUACAAGGCUGCCCUUCCCGCGCUAGCUUCCCUCCGAGAUCGGAACCUCUGCGCCAGCCAGCAGAGCACGGGUAGAACGCGCUGCCCAGCCAGCGCCAGAGGCCGGGCAGGACGUGGCUGCAUCCAGGUGCAGGCACAUAGCCUGCGCGCUUUGGGUCUCCUUUCCUGCCAUGCCCCAGGGAUCAGUGACAUUCAGAGAUGUGGCAAUAGGCUUCUCCCAGGAGGAGUGGAAGUGGCUCCAGCCUGCUCAGAGAGAUUUGUAUAGAUGUGUUAUGUUGGAGAACUAUGGCCAUCUGGUCUCACUGGGUCUUUCCAUUUUUAAGCCAGUUGUUGUUUCCUUAUUGGAACAAGGGAAAGAGCCCUGGCUGGGGAAAGGAGACAUGAGCAGAGAUCUCUUUUCAGUGUCACAGUCAAAUGGUGAGAUCAAAGACUUAUCUCCAAAACAUAUUACUUAUGAAGAUGAUUCAUCCCAGUAUUUGAUAAUGAAAAGAAUUGUAAGCCAACAUCCCACAUGUUCCAGUAUGGAAAGAAACUGGCAAUUUGAGGAUGGCAAUGAGGUGCUGCAAGGGAAUCAAGGUUGUAUCAGGCAAGUGGUAUCAGGCAAGUCUCAGGAAGAAGCUCUGACUCAGCAUAUAAGCAUAACUGCGGUAGAGAGGCCCUAUGGAUGCCAAGAAUGUGGGAAAACAUUCAGUUGGUGCUUUUCUCUUGUAUUACACCAGAGAACUCAUACUGGAGAGAAGCCAUAUGUAUGUAAGGAAUGCGGGAAAACCUUUAGCCAGAUCUCAAAUCUUGUGAAACAUCAGAUGAUACAUACUGGAAAGAAACCUCAUGAAUGUAAGGACUGUAAUAAAACAUUCAGUUACCUUUCAUUCCUCAUUGAGCACCGGAGAACACACACUGGGGAAAAACCUUAUGGAUGUACUGAGUGUGGAAAGGCCUUUAGUCGUGCCUCAAACCUCACCCGACAUCAGAGAAUUCACAUGGGAAAGAAACAAUAUGUCUGUAGGAAAUGUGGGAAAGCCUUUAGCACUGGUUCAGAACUCAUUCACCACCAGAUUACACAUACUGGGGAGAAACCUUAUGAAUGCCUUGAGUGUGGGAAAGCAUUUCGCCGUUCAUCACAUCUUACUCGACAUCAGAGCAUGCAUAAAACUAAAACCCCCUAUGAGUGUCAUGAGUGUACGAAGGCUUUCUGUUGCCACUCAUUCCUUAUUAAACAUCAGAGAAUUCAUGCUGGAGAAAACCUCUAUGAAUGUGAUGAAUGUGGGAAAGUGUUCACUUGGCAUGCAUCCCUUAUUCAACACAUGAAAAUUCAUACUGGAGAGAAACCCUAUACAUGUGCUGAAUGUGACAAAGCCUUCAGUAGGAGCUUUUCCCUCAUCCUACAUAAGAUAACUCACACUGGAGAGAAGCCCUGUGUAUGUAAGGUGUGCAACAAAUCUUUCAGCUGGAGCUCAAACCUUGCUAAACAUCAGAGAACACAUAACCUAGAGAACCCCUAUGAAUAUGAAAAUUUUUACCACUCAUUUCUUACUGAACACCAGUGA